CUUGUUGGUAGUUACAGACUGUGUGGUCAGCAGCUAAUGGUCUCUCUUGGGAUCAGUUAAUAAAGUCUGUGCUACGCGAUCCUGAGUGUGUACCUCCUUGAUGUAAGUCUCCCUUCAUAACAUGGUGGCAGCAGGGAACUAAACCUUGGAGUGAAAAGCUGACUGAAAUCACUGGGAGUGAAAGUGAAAGUAAAGCAGCAUCCAGAGGCUGUGACUGGAGCUACAGCUAUAACUAUAUGAAACUCUAAGGCCUGGGCUGCCCACAGCAUGUGCCAUGUGAGAAAGGUUCACUUGUUUGGAGGCAUUUUUCUCAUCAUGUGCUUUCUACUGUCAUUUAACUAUAAUUGGUGGAGGAGAUAUCAGCUUAUGGCACCAAGAAGUCCACCUAUAUGUGGCGGCCGAGUGCCUCAUGAUACCAUUACACCCUUAAAGGACCGGAGAAGCUUUAUCAUUUCUGCCUACAAGGAUAACAGGAAUAGAAAUAUCAUCCGGAUCCUGGGGAUUGUUCGCCAUAAAGAAGUGAAGGAACUCUACUGUUACUUCUGUUGCAAUUCCAACAUCAAUGCGCACACGACCAAAGCAGAAAUCGAUCUCCAUCAGGAUUGGUUUGGUUUUCCUUAUGGUCUGGCCGAUAUCAUCUGCACGGAACCUCCAGACUGUACAACGUCAUUUGUGUCAGUUCAUUCGUCUCCUUCUACAACCAUCCACAAUCUCACCAGUUUCAAAAUCAGAAACAGAGAGCCGGGCAAACCUACAGCUAACUUCACCGUCUGUAUCUCCACCAUGUAUGGGAACUACAGCAAUGUCCUGCAGUUCAUCCAAACCAUUGAAAUGUAUAAGAUACUGGGCGCCCAAAAAGUCACAGUCUACCUCAACAACUGCAGCCGACAGAUGGAGGAGGUCCUUCAGUACUACAGUAAGGAAGGGACGGUGGAGGUGAUCCCCUGGCAGAUACAGAGAUAUUUAAAGGUAUCUCCUAAAUGGCAAUAUCCCAAAGAUGACUCCGAGAUUGGUUAUUAUGGGCAGAUAUCGACACUAAAUGACUGUAUAUACAGAAACAUGUACUCCAGCAAGUUUGUUGUACUGAAUGACCAGGAUGAAAUCAUUCUGCCAUUCAAGCACCAGACAUGGGGCAGCAUGAUGGAAACUCUUCAACAAAAAAACCCAGACGUAGGAAUUUUCCUCUUUGAAAACCAUAUUUUCCCUCAAACUGCAGUUUCUGAUGGAAAUUUCAGCAAUGUACCCUCAUGGAAUGGGGUCCCUGGGUUUAAUUUACUCCACUUUAUACACCGGGAACCAGGCAGACCUAAUCACUUCAAUGCACGGAAGAUGAUCGUGGAUCCGAGGGCAGUGAUCCAAACGUCUGUCCACUCGACCCUGAAACAGUACAAAAACUCUAACUACGUCCCUCUAGAAACAGCCCUGGUCCAUCACUGCAGAGCUCCCCAACAGCCACAGCUAUCCAGAGCAGCCUUGAUUGAAGAUAAAACUAUAUGGAGGUAUAAUGAUUCCUUGAUUCAGAACGUUAACCAGAUGCUUCAAAAGUUUACAGAAAACCCGUAAUUAAACACCCAGAGCUGCUGACUCUUA